UAUCUAUUUAUUUUUUUACCUCAGAAAGGAAACCUGAGGACGCAGUUACCGUCACGCGCCAGCAGGCGUCGACCCAAACACUCACUGCCUCCCGUCCUCUCCUCCUCUCCUCCUCCCUUCGUGUCGUGCUUUAACUCCCUCCUUUUCCUCCAAACACACGAACGCGAGUAACACCGGCAGCUUUAACUAUUGUCACACUGUCACCGGGGGAGGAACGUCACAUGAAGCCAUAAUAAUCCGGAAUAACGGGACAAAACAGCGAGAUCUGCCAGGGGACGGUGAAUCGACAGAAAUCCCAAAUACAAAAACACUCAGAGAAAUCUGCAAAGACGUGCACUCUGACGCCUUAAACACACACACUGAAGAAGUACAGGGAGCCAGAUAAAUGGCUGACAAACAGAUCAGUUUGCCUGCCAAGCUAAUAAACGGCGGUGUGGCGGGACUGAUCGGCGUUACCUGCGUGUUUCCCAUCGAUCUGGCCAAAACCCGCCUUCAGAACCAGCAGAAUGGAUCGCGCCUCUAUACCAGCAUGUCAGACUGCCUUAUUAAGACCAUCCGCUCAGAAGGAUACUUCGGCAUGUACAGAGGUGCGGCGGUGAACCUGACUCUCGUCACUCCUGAAAAAGCCAUCAAGCUGGCGGCAAAUGAUUUCUUCAGAUUUCACCUCUCUAAGGACGGGCAGAAACUCACUCUACUGCGAGAGAUGCUGGCCGGCUGUGGGGCGGGAACAUGUCAGGUCGUCAUUACAACACCAAUGGAGAUGCUGAAGAUUCAGCUGCAAGAUGCCGGAAGAAUUGCGGCCCAGAGGAAGCUCAUGCCUCAGGCUGUGACCCCCGGGGGCCCCGUGGAGGUGAAGUCCCAAACAGCUAUGCAACUCACCAGACAGUUACUGAAGGAAAAGGGCAUCGCGGGUCUUUACAAGGGCCUUGGAGCCACGCUGCUCAGGGAUGUCCCGUUUUCUAUCAUUUAUUUCCCUCUGUUUGCUAAUCUGAAUGAUCUGGGGAAGAGAGGAGUCGAUGGUCCUGCUCCCUUCUACGUCUCCUUCUUAUCGGGCUGCAUUGCGGGCAGCACAGCCGCCGUCGCCGUCAACCCUGUAGAUGUGAUAAAGACCAGGCUACAGUCACUGACACGAGGGAGUCAAGAGGACACUUACAGCGGGGUGACCGACUGCAUCAGGAAGAUUCUUCGCAACGAAGGUCCCGCUGCUUUCCUGAAGGGGGCGUACUGUCGAGCUCUUGUCAUCGCGCCGCUCUUCGGCAUCGCUCAGGUGGUUUACUUCCUCGGCGUGGGUGAACUCAUCUUGAGCUACCUGCCCAAACGAAACAACUAGCCACCCAUCCCAUCCCAUCAUGCAUUGCACCAGUCGGUUCCCCGCCCCCUCACAUUAUCCCGAAAGAUCAAAGCAUAACGUGGGCCAGUCUGACUGAUUUUAAUCGUUUGUUGUUGUGCCGUUUUUGUUCAAAGCGCCGUGUAUUUUGAUCUGAAUGUGGUGCUUUUAAUAAUGAGCGUAACGUGAGAUUAUGAUUUGCCAAGCUGCCUGUUUUUUGUCUCGUCGGGUCUCACGCUGAGACAAAAUCAUGUUCUUUUAAUCGUUGAGUCAUCGUCCGAUCAGUGAUAUUUAAAGCGUAAAAUCAACACUUUGAAUCAUAGAGCUCUUGUUAAUUAUGUACUGAAAUAUCAACCAAACAUGAAGCUCUUUCUGGAACAAGAGGACAUGUCAUGUUGAUUAGUUUGACCUUUAUAUUAGCUGCUUCCGUCUUUCUUAUGACCAAAUCUGAAUGACCUUGAGGAAAAGUGUGAGUUGAGAGAAGCAUAUCUUUGUGCCCUAUCAAGGCUUUAUUCAGCGCGUGUUUCAAAAUGACAAGUCGCCUCUGGAGGUUAAUUCAAUUUAAUUUCUCAGAAAAGCUGAGAGAGACAUAUCUGUGAAUGGAAGAUGUGAAAGCAUCUCUCAAAUUGACUGAAUCAAAAUGUAAAUGCCUCCAACCAGGCCAUUAAAACUUCUGGAAAGUUCCCAGACUUUAGGAGAUAAUCAUUAUAGAUUAUGAGAUUCAUUUUCCAUGGCCACAGGACAAAGAAAAUUAAUGCAAAUGAUUUUUUUUUUGGCCGAUUCGAUUCCAAUUGCUGCUGUUUCACUACUUAGCAUUAGCAUUAGAUAUGGUCUUAAACCUCAUUAAAACACAUUUGUAGAUGGUUUGAAGUUUAAUAGAUUUUGGGUAUGGCAAGUUGAUUUUCUUCAGUUAGGACGGGACACAUCAUACAAAGUGUGCAGUCAUGCUGAAAAUACAAGCCGUUCUUACCAGCAUUGUUAUUAAUUACAAUUAUUAUAAAAAAUAUUGUUAUAAAGUAAAGCUGAAAUAAAAAUAAA